CUAUUGUAUUAGAGUUGGUGUUAUUUCUGCCCAGUGCCGCCAAACUUUGCAGUGGCAAAAAGUAGAUUUUCUUUUUGUGUACUUGAGGAGGGCUUCGAAUUUGUUGAUAUUAUAUUUCGUUGUCUUUCUGUGUUCUAGAACUGAAAAUGGUCUAAAAACAAGAUCUUAAUAUGUUAAUCACGGACUGAGUUAACAUAACCUAAUUUAUUAUCAGCCAGCUGAAGAAACUAAAACAAUGUUACAUAAACAUCUUGUAUUGGGAUGUUUUCUUAUUGUAGGGAACAUAGUAAGAAACACAAGUGCAUCUGUUGGUGACAGGUCUCCAUAUUAUCGAUCAUGCCUUGAAAAGUGUUCAAACGCCAACUGUACAGAAGGUGGUAUAAAUUUCCGUUCAUCAGUUGGUGCUCAGGCUCAGCCUUUGUACCUCCAACUAACUAAAUGGUCAUGCCAAGAUGAAUGUCAAUACAACUGUAUGUGGAAAACAGUUGAGGAUUAUUUUAUUCUUACAUUUAUGUCCACGAUCAUAGUCAUAACCUUAUCAAUUUCCAUUCUCUGUCUGAAUUUCUUUCAGUGGCCCUUUAUUAGGAUUCUUGGCAUCCAGGAACCUGCAUCAGUUAUAUUCUCAAUUUUAAACUUUAUAGCCCACUAUAUGAUGUUGAGAAAGUUCCGGAGAGAAGUUCGAAAGACGAGUCCCAUGUAUUGGUUGUGGCAUGCAUAUGCAAUGGUGUGUUUAAAUUGCUGGUUUUGGUCAAGUAUGUUCCACAUAAGAGACACCCCAUUUACUGAGAUGAUGGAUUAUUUUUCUGCAUUCUCAACUGUAUUAUUUUCUUUCUAUGCAAUGGUUGUUAGAUUACUGAAUGGACAGAGUCGAGUCAUGACUGUGAUUUUGAGUUUCCUGUGUGUUGGGUUUUUUGUUCAUCACAUCACAUACCUGGCAUUAAUUAAUUUUGACUAUGGGUACAAUAUGAAGGCAAACAUAGUUGUUGGUAUUGCAAAUGCAAUGGGCUGGUUAAUAUGGUGUUUUUACUACUGGAAAAGUCAGCUUUAUGUGUGGCAAUGUGCUCUCUUUGUGUUACUAGUAGGAGUAUGUAUGAUAUUUGAAGUGAUGGACUUCCCACCCUUGAUGUGGAUAAUUGAUGCUCAUUCACUCUGGCACUUUGCAACAGCGGGACUGCCUUUCCUCUUUUAUCGAUUCCUGAUAGAUGACUGUAAAUUCUUGAGAAAUGAGUAUGUCCAUAACCAAGAAAAAUCAAGAUCUCACACUGAUUAAAUAGUGUAUAAAUUCUCUUUUUUGGAGUGCAGGAAAUACUGUAAUGCAUUUGUCCUUAAAUGUGAAAAGUUAUUGGUAUAUAUCUGGUCAUUUAGAAAACUGAAAACAUGAUUCAGCAGAUAUAAAUACUGAUCUCAUGAUGUGUGAUUCUUACACUGUAAAAUGUUUUAAUUUAAUCACUAAUUGUAACAUUAAAUCCACAUUUUGUCACCACUAU